CGAGCACACAAAAAAGAUGAAAGGGAAACAGCCGCAAGUCUCUUGACGCGUGCUCGUUCUGAAAUCCCAAUCUUAAAUCUCGUCGGAUGCUCCGUCUCUUCAAACCCUCGACCUAAAAAACCCUAGAUUUCGAUCUCAUUUCCAAAGCCUAGGGGUUUUCUCGAGUCUUUGUGAAGAUCCUAAUACGAGGUCUUGAAUUUGGAAAUAUCUGUUGGGCUUCAUUGACCUGAUCGAGAAUGAAUCCUUAUCUUGUCGGUAUCGUUGUUCCCUUUGUGUUCUCCUAUAUUCUUAGUAAAAAGAGUUCAAAACAGCGAGGUUUGCCUGUUGAUGUCGGUGGAGAACCCGGGUAUGCUAUUCGAAACUAUCGGUUCACCUCGCCCGUCGAAACACAAUGGGAAGGAGUUACAACACUUGCCGAGCUAUUUGAUCUUGCUUGCAAGAAUUUUGCUACCAAACGAAUGCUUGGUACCCGUAAGCUUAUCUCCAGUGAAAUUGAAGUCACAGCAGAUGGAAGGUCCUUUGAGAAAUUUCAUUUCGGGGAGUAUGAAUGGUUGAGUUAUAAUCAAGCUUAUGAUGCUGUUUGCAACUUUGCUUCUGGAAUUGUGCAUCUUGGUGCGAUAUUUGCUGAUACGCGAGCAGAGUUAGCUCCGCUUAAAACUGUGAAUUGGUGCUUAUUCAUGUGGGGUUGUUUCAGAAGAAACAUCACAGUCGUCACUAUAUAUGCUUCAUUAGGAGAGGAGGCUCUUUGUCACUCUUUAAAUGAGACUGAAGUUUCAACUGUGGUUUGUGGACAUAAAGAAUUAAUAAAACUCAUUGGUAUAAGUGGACAAUUGGACACUGUGAAACGUGUGAUCUAUAUGAAUGAUGAGGGUAUUGCAAAGGACGUUUCGCUGGCUGAAAAGAAUACUCAAUGGACUCUUGCCUCUUUUGAAGAUGUAGGGAGGAUAGGCCGGGAAAAUCCUGUUGCUGCUGAAAUGCCUGUUUCAGCUGAUAUUGCAGUUAUCAUGUAUACCAGCGGAAGCACUGGUUUGCCUAAGGGAGUCAUGAUGACACAUGGUAAUAUCCUAUCAACACUCUCUGCGGUCAUGACUAUUGUCCCUGGGCUUGGUAGAAAAGAUGUUUAUCUGGCAUACUUGCCUCUAGCUCAUGUUCUUGAGUUAGCUGCAGAGUCUUUGAUGGUUGCUGUAGGAAUAAGUAUAGGAUACGGAUCACCAUUGACUCUCACUGAUACAUCUAACAAGAUAAAAAAGGGAACAAAAGGUGAUGCUUCAGUCUUGAGACCAACACUAAUGGUUGCUGUCCCUGCUAUCCUUGACCGUGUCCGAGACGGUGUGAGAAAAAAGGUAGAUGCAAAAGGUGGACUAUCAAGAAAAUUGUUUGACAUUGCAUAUGGACGUAGGUUGGCUGCGAUUAAUGGAAGUUGGUUUGGGGCAUGGGGCUUGGAGAAAAUGCUAUGGGAUUUUCUCGUGUUUAGGAAAGUUCGAGCAGUUUUGGGAGGUCAUAUUCGUUUUCUUCUGUCUGGAGGGGCUCCUCUUUCUGGAGUUACACAAAGAUUCAUUAACAUAUGCCUUGGGGCUCCAAUUGGGCAAGGAUAUGGUCUAACUGAAACUUGUGCUGGUGGAACAUUUUCUGAAUAUGAUGAUACAACUGUGGGUCGUGUUGGUGCUCCUCUCCCCUGCUCAUUUUUAAAGUUGAUUGAUUGGCCAGAAGGUGGGUACUUAACUGUGGAUACACCUAUGCCUCGUGGAGAAAUAGUAAUCGGGGGACCUAAUGUCACCGCGGGAUACUUCAAAAAUGAAGAAAAAACUAAGGAGGUCUACAAGGUUGAUGAAAGGGGAAUGCGGUGGUUUUACACUGGAGACAUUGGGCGUUUUCACCCUGAUGGCUGCCUUGAAAUAAUUGACCGUAAAAAGGAUAUAGUGAAACUCCAGCAUGGUGAAUACGUCUCUUUAGGCAAGGUAGAAGCUGCUCUUAGUGUGAGCCCUUAUGUAGACAACAUCAUGUUGCAUGCUGAUCCUUUCCACAGUUACUGUGUGGCUCUUGUAGUACCUGCUUAUCAGGCACUAGAAAGCUGGGCUAAGUCACAAGGAAUCAUAUAUAGUGAUCUUUCAGAAUUGUGUCAAAAAGAAGCAGCUGUGAAAGAAGUUCAGGGAUCAUUAGUAAAGGCAGCGAAACAAACACGGUUAGAGAAAUUUGAAAUACCUGCAAAGAUUAAGCUGAUGGAAGAAGCAUGGACUCCUGAGAGCGGCCUAGUCACGGCAGCACUCAAGCUAAAGAGGGAAGUCCUCAGAAAGAGGUUUGCUGAUGAUCUAUCCAAAUUGUACGCGUGAAGCUUUAGUGAGUUCUGAGAGGAGUUUGGGCUUAUAAGAGGCAUAGAGAUGCAGUAAUUGCACAGUUUGGGUUUUAUAUGAGGCAUAUAGAUGCAGUAAUUGCAAUGUUUUUGUCAUUUUUCGUUUGUAUGCGCAAGUGUUUCUUAGGAAUGUACUCUGUUAAUUAUCAUGCUAGUUAAUUUUGGUAAAACUGCAAAAAGUUAGUCGCCCUGCUAAUUUGCAAUAUGCGUUGGGUCCGUUUGUUAAGUGGGGCGGGUCGGAUUAAGCAUAUAUGGUCGGGUCAGAACUGACCCGAUCUGACCUGUUUGCCACUCCUUUUCUGAUCCGACCUGACCUGUUUGCCAUCCUUUUUCUUCCAUCACAGUUUUCUUGCCUUUAAUGUCGAUAAUGCAAACAAGCACAGGCUUCUAGAUCUCCCAACUCCAUGUAUGUUUGUAUUCUUAUUUCCGUCGAUGGUUUUUGCAACCUUGUAACAAUCCAUAGCUACAAUAUUCUGUGUUGUAUGUGA